CGUCAGGUGGUGGCCCAGACCGAAGUCUCGCGGGAGGGCAAGAGCGACGUCAGCGAUACCAACUCAGCCGGCACGGAAACGGACGCUCGUCAGGCGCCCUUCGGCAACCACGUGAACCGCUGCGGGCCGCGCUACGUGUGUUGCCGCCGCCCCGGACGCCCACAAGCGCCUCAACGCCCUCUCUACGGCCAGUGCGGCCGGCGCAACGCGCAAGGCGUCAACGGCCGCAUCAAGACGCCCGUCUACGUCGACGGUGACAGCGAGUUCGGCGAGUACCCGUGGCAGGCCGCCAUCUUGAAGAAGGACACGCACGAGAGCGUGUACGUGUGCGGAGGCACACUCAUCGACGCACAGCACAUCAUCACAGCAGCGCACUGCGUCAAGACGUACUCCAGCCACGACCUGCGCGUGCGCCUGGGCGAGUGGGACGUGAACCACGACGUGGAGUUCUACCCGUACGUGGAGCGCGACGUGUCGGCCGUAGUGGUGCACCCCGAGUUCUACGCCGGCACGCUCUACAACGACCUGGCCGUGCUGCGGCUGAGCUCGCCCGUCGACCUGCAGGCGCACCCGCACAUCAGCCCGGCGUGCCUGCCGCAGGCGCACGUCGACUACGCGGGCAGCCGCUGCUGGACCACGGGCUGGGGCAAGGACGCCUUCGGGGACUACGGCAAAUACCAGAACAUCCUCAAGGAGGUGGACGUGCCGGUGGUGUCGCAUCACCAGUGCCAGGCGCAGCUGCAGCAGACGCGCCUAGGCUACGACUUCAAGCUGCACCCGGGCAUGGUGUGCGCCGGCGGCGAGGAGGGCAAGGACGCCUGCAAG